UUCGCCAGAGAUUGACACCGGAAGUCCUAUACAAUGAUAAGAAAUAUGUCGUUGAACCUCAGUGUCGAGGAACAAUCACCAACCGGUAUCUAUAUUUUCGCAGCGAUCGCCCUAGGCUUUAUCGGUUUUUUUGGUUUUUCCUUGAAUCUUCUGGUCAUAAUAACGGUCGUCAAGAACGCCAAUGUACUGUGGACGCCCAACAACGUGGUCCUCGUCAACAUGGUCAUUGGAGAUUUCUUAGUUGCUGCACUGGGAAAUCCAUUCACAAUGACAUCGGCCAUUGCAGGUGAAUGGUUUUGGAGUCACGAAGUGUGUCUAUGGUACGCGUGGUUCAUGACUACAAUGGGAUUUGCCAGUAUUGGUAAUCUGACAGUGAUGGCAAUGGAGAGAUUCCUAUUAGUCACAUGCCCGAUGAAGACACUAUCGAUAAGAAAUUAAUUGUUACAGGCUUAUAUAUUGGCGAUUUUGGUUUGGAUGUAUGCGCUCUCCUUAUCGUUACCGCCGUUUUUCAAUUGGGGGAUUUAUGGCCCAGAAGCAGGUAACAUAUCCUGCAGCGUAUCCUGGGAGAUACACGAUCCUGAUACGCACAAUGACACUUACAUUGGAUUUUUAUUUAUUGUUGGAUUCUUUCUUCCUGUCACGAUAAUUGUCAGCAGCUAUUACGGCAUAAUAAAGACUUUAAGGAAAAUAGGAAAAAGAGUAGGUGGAAGAAAUAGACGGGAAAAGAAAGUCACUAAGAUGGUAUACUUAAUGAUUCUUGCUUUUCUAAUUGCUUGGUCGCCAUAUGCCGUUCUUGCACUCGCAACUCAAUAUUUUUACGUACAAACUUCUCAUAUCUUAGCGGUGCUGCCGGCGCUUCUUGCGAAAUCUUCUAUUUGCUACAAUCCAAUUAUAUACGCGAGUAUGACUGCCCAGUUCCCCACUUGGAAGAAAAUGUUUUCCAUCAAUGGAAAUAAAGCUAAAAGUAAGCAACAGCAUGGAAGUGAACUUCAAACAAAAUAAAAGUGAAGUACAUUUAGAAUGAGUACACUUCGACCAAGUUUAAUAAAAAGACAUAAUAAAUAUGUUGCUACGCGUGGCCUAACAAUUCUUAAAAAUAGAGUAAAAAAAGAAAUAAAGACACUACAAUGGGGAAAAACAUAUUCCUAAAGGACCAACAAUGUACAUUACUUCAUUGUUUAUUUUCAACUAUUGAAGAACAGUAGCUCGACGCGCACAUUUUGUGUUUUGAGGUGUACCAAUUAAAUUCGACGAAGUGCCUGAUUACAGCAUGCAAAUUAUUAUUAUUUAUUAACGAUAUAGAUUUAAUUUAUUAUAUUAAUUU